UCUCAACUGAGUGUAAACUAGCAGAGAAGAAAAGAAAAAUGCUUCAACCGCAGUCUUCUGUGCAACAGAACCUUGAAAGUUCUUGGGUUGAAACAGUCAUGAGAGUCUCUGCGAUGUUUCCGAAGGGCGGCCUUGCCUUUAGCGUCUUCGUCGUAGCCGUUCAGCUGUGGUCCCCGGUGCUCUGUACGUCGAUCAACCUCACACUUUACUACGAAGGACUGUGUCCCGACUGCCACGACUUCUUUCUCGACGAGCUGUGGCCAACCUACAACAAGCUCGAGGAGCGCCUUCACGUUGACCUCGUGCCUUUCGGGAAAGCCCAUAUGAAGGUCGCGAACGCCACCGUCACCUUCCAGUGCCAGCACGGCGCUGAGGAGUGCUACGUCAACGAGGUGCAGACAUGCGCCGUCAAGUACGUACACCCAACCAGGAAGCUCCUGGACUUUGUCGCAUGUAUGUUCCGUCAAGAUGACCCCACCAAGGCGGGCCAGCCGUGCGCCGAGAAAGUUGGAACCUACUGGCCAGUACUGGACAAGUGCAGCCGGGGGCCUGAAGGCGAAAAGCUCUUUCGCAAGAUGGGCGAGAGAACGUUAGCACUGAUGCCUCCCAUGAAGUGGGUACCCUAUGUACAGAUCAACGGAGCGCACGACGACAUCAUGGAAAGCUUGGUAGAAAAUGACCUGUUCGGCUACGUGUGCAAGCUCCUGGAACCUGGUGCUCCUAGAAUAUGCAAGAGAGGAGCAUUUAUGGACGCCCUUGACUUCAUUUCGCAGUCUUUUCGUUCUGCUCACCAUAGGGUGUUGUAAAAACCAAAGAGUAAUUUUUUUGUCGUGUAGGAUGAAUGCAGACUGCAUAUUUUGUUAGAAUGUAUGCACGUGUGUUUGGAACAAAAUAAA